AUGGCCACUGAAGCUACCGCGCGCAAGUUCUUCACUGCGCCGUCAUUCGCCGUUGUCGGCGCAAGCUCCAACCCGGCCAAGUUUGGCCAUAAAGUGCAUGCAUGGUAUCUGGACCGCGACCUCAAGGUCACCCCCGUCAAUCCUGCCUCACCGACCGUGACGGUCAAUGGCAGCGAGCACGCCACUGUGCCCAAUGUCUCAGCCUUGCCCAAUCCCAAGGAGACGGGCGUGUCCAUAAUUACACAUCCUGGCAUCACGAUCGGGGUUUUGAAAGAAGCCAAGGCGGCUGGCAUUCCGUCCAUCUGGCUGCAGCCGGGUACAUGGGAUGAUGAGGUGCUCAAAUUUGCGUUGGCUGAGGGUACGUUUGAGGCUGUCGUCUACGGAGAGGGCGACCGUGGCCAUGACGGCUGGUGCGUCCUGGUCGAUGGUGACAAGGCCUUGAAGGCCGCCGGAAAGCUUUGA